GGUGGUAUGCGGAUCUGACCUCAGUGUAGUGAGAAGAGCUGUGAGUGCCCUUAAGUGUGUCCGUAGUGCAGCUCUGCUUUCCUGUGAGAAUGGGUGUUGAAUGGUUCGGUUUUGGUUAUGCAGCUCUGGUUGCCUCUGGUGGAGUCAUGGGUUAUGUCAAAGCAGGUAGUGUUCCUUCUCUGGCUGCUGGUCUACUCUUUGGAAGUUUAGCUGGAUUGGGUGCCUAUCAGAUGUCUAAUGACUCUAAGAAUGUAUUACUUUCACUAAUUGCUUCUGGUACGUUGGCUGGAGUCAUGGGAUUCCGAUUUUACAACUCUGGAAAAUUCAUGCCUGCUGGAUUGAUAGCUGGUGCAAGUCUCUUAAUGGUGGGAAGAAUUGGAAUGAAGAUGUUGGAGAAACCGCAACAACCAUGAUGUCCGUGAUCAAGUCAUGUUUUCUUUUCUUUUUUUCACCCACAGUAAAAGUAUAAAUGUUAAUGUAACCAUUAAAUUUUUUUGUAAAAUAGAUGUUUUACCAAA